ACGAGGCCCUGCUGCUUGUGAAGCGUCUUGACUUGAACGCCUCCUCCGUCCCCCUUUUCUCUUUCUCUAUCGGUCCAGUCCGUCUCGGCCCUGUCUGAGUAUCCUGCGGCUUUUUUCCCCCUGGAAGAGCUGAAGACGGGCCAGCCUCGGCUCACAUCCUGCAGCCUGAAGUUUUCGUGUCAUUGAGGCGAAGAGACGUUUAGCCUUCUCGGUGUGCCAUGUUGAGGUUGAUAUUUUUGGCCGCUCUCGCCGGGUUCAGCCGGGCCAGUGAUGUGCUGGAGUUCACGGAUGACGAUUUCGAAAGUAGGAUUGGAGACCAUGAGCUGAUUCUCGUGGAGUUCUUUGCGCCUUGGUGUGGUCAUUGUAAACGGCUUGCACCUGAGUACGAGGCGGCAGCCACACGUCUGAAAGGCACCGUUGCACUUGCCAAGGUUGACUGCACAGCCAACAGCAACACAUGCAGCAAAUAUGGCGUGAGCGGCUACCCAACCCUGAAGAUCUUCAGGGAUGGAGACGAAACUGGUCCCUAUGAUGGUCCCAGAACUGCAGAUGGGAUUGUUAGUUUCCUGAAGAAGCAGGCGGGCCCAGCUUCAGUGGAGCUGAAGAGCGCUGAAGACUUUGACAAGUUCAUUGCAGAUCAAGAUGCCAGUGUUAUUGGUUUCUUUGCUGAUGACAAGAGCACAGAUCAGGCAGAGUUCCUGAAGGCUGCCAGCGCCUUGAGGGAUGACUAUCGUUUUGCCCACACCAACUCUGAGGCCCUGCUCGACAGCCAUGGAGAGGGAGUCGUCCUGUUCCGUCCACCACGUCUCAACAACAAGUUUGAAGACAACUCUGUAAGGUUCAAUGAGGACAAAUUCACCAGCAACAAGAUCAAGAGAUUCAUCCAGGACAACAUCUUUGGGAUCUGCCCCCAUCUGACGGAGGACAACAAAGACCAGCUGAAAGGCAAAGACCUGCUGGUGGCUUAUUACGACGUCGACUAUGACAAAAACCCAAAGGGCUCUAACUACUGGAGGAACAGGGUGAUGAAGGUGGCCAGAGGCUUCCUGGAUCAGGGAAAGAAGCUGAACUUCGCUGUAGCCAACAAGAACCAGUUCAGCCAUGACGUGUCAGACUUCGGCCUGGGCGCCAGCUCAGGAGAGCUGCCCGUCGUGGCCAUCCGCACCGCCAAGGGAGACAAAUACGUCAUGACCGAGGAGUUCUCCCGAGAUGGAAAAGCUCUGGAGCGUUUCCUGCAGGACUACUUUGAUGGGAAGUUAAAGCGCUACCUUAAAUCCGAACCAAUCCCAGAAAACAACGAUGGACCUGUGAAGGUCGUGGUGGCUGAGAACUUUGACUCCAUCGUCAACGAUGACAGCAAAGAUGUGCUGAUCGAAUUUUAUGCACCGUGGUGCGGACACUGCAAGAGCCUGGAGCCCAAAUACAAGGAGCUGGGAGAGAAGCUGGGUGACGAUCCCAACAUUGUCAUUGCCAAAAUGGACGCCACAGCUAAUGACGUGCCGUCUCCAUAUGAAGUCAGCGGAUUCCCCACCAUCUACUUCUCCCCCGCUGGACGUAAGAUGAACCCAAAGAGAUAUGAGGGCGGUCGUGAGGUGAGCGACUUCAUUGCCUACCUGAAGAAAGAGGCCACCAACCCCUUAGUUGUGCCAGACGAUGGCAAGAAAAAGAAGAAGAAGGAUAAGGCAGAGCUAUAAAGGGCUCCAAACAGAAACUCAACACCCACCACAUCGCAACAGGAGGAGGAGGAGUAUGGGGGAACAAAAAGAACUAAAUUAUAUUCCACUCUCUUAGUGAACUACCAAAUGCUCUGAAGCCGAAGUCAGAAAGACGAGGCCGCUCCUUAGGUCCUCUGCUGCUCUGGAAUCCUGUGGAAGGUGGAGAGGUGGUGGCCUGGGUCUGCCCGCCGUUCUAUGAUGAUAAGAAAUUUUUAGGGAAGAGGGACAGCUUUUUGAAAUGAGAGAUUUCUAUUUCCUCUGGUCUGUCUACCACACCUCAGGCUGAUGCACUUUGGUUUGAUACCAGUUUCCAGUCAUCUGUCGCAUUUUUUGUUUUUAUCACGGGGGAUAACUUCUUUUUUUUUUUUUCUUUUUUUUUUUUUUUUUCCUUGUUCGUAACUGGUCUUUGUUUUUGUACAUUUGGAAAGAUUGUGAAAUAAAAGGCCCACAAAACCUAAAUGACUUGUAUGAUCUUGUUUCUGAUGUUCUGUUAUGGCGAUUCAAAACGUUUUAUUUGAAGAAAUCUGACAUUUUAAUUUCAAAAACUGAAGAGGAUUUAUUAAAAGUUCCUUGUUUCAAA